GUUAUCAAAGGAGAGACCAUACCAGUACCACAACCAAAUCAGCCAACAAACCAAAAUCAUCCUUUCUUUCAUAUAUUAAAAAUGGCGCCAAGCCUCGUUGUUCCGGCGGUUCAAAACCACCGGUCUGCUGCAGCGAAGACGGUGGCGGAGGAGGAGGUAUUGAGAAGAAGAAACGAGGAACUAGAGAGAGAAUUGAAAAGGAGUAUAGAGAGAGAAGAGAAGAUGAAGAUGGAGCUGCAGAACACGUGGGAGCGGCUGCGCGUGGCGGAGGACGCGGAGGAGCGUCUGUGUUCGCAGCUGGGAGAGCUUGAAGCCGAGGCCGUGGAUCAGGCGCGUGCAUACAGAGAGCGUCUGGUUAUGUUGAUGGAACAGCUUUCGGCUGCUCAGAAGAUUAUUGAAUCGGCAACUGUUCAGAGAUCAUGAAUCGAAUUGUUAAAUGGGAGUUUUUGAAUUCUGAGAGAAAUUAUAUAGAGAUUGUAUAUUAAUUUUCUUUGGGUGUAGAAAUGUUGGUAAAUGUAACAUUUUAUUAUUAGGUCAUCUGUAUUCAUAAAGUUUUUAUAAACGUUAUAUGCGACACAUGUUGUGGUUCGUAACAUAGAGGCUUUAUUAUGUAGAGUGAAUGCUGUUUAUUGAUUAAGAAUUUAGGGUUUGACGA